UAGCGUCUUUGCAUUUGGACCAAGAGUUCGCCUUCGGACACCAGUGUUCCUGAAAAGCUGUGAGGCUACGGGCCAUGGCACAGCUGGCUGCAGUGCUUCGGGUUUCCAUUGCUUGGCUUUUGGCAGUCGCUGCAGACCCUGCACAAAGGAACUCAACGAACCUUCGAGGAGGUAGCAACGGUAGUGCUGCUGGUGCCGAUUCUGACUGCAACAGUGUUCCAACUUGGUCUUCAUGCAUGCGAAGAAGGUGUUGUGCACCCGGAGACCUUUGCUACCGGAAGGAUGCGCACUAUGCCCAAUGUCAGCCCGAAGGGCACUGUUCUGAACAUGCUGGUUGGACCUGCAAAGUUCUCUCGCCAUGGGAGGAAUGUCAGGAUCUGAACAGCGAAUGCGAACGCUUCAAGAAUAGAGGUGAGUGCGAAGACAAUCCGGAGUGGAUGUUGUGGUUUUGCAGGCGCACCUGUGGCCAAUGUGAUUUGUGACCACUUGGAUGAAUUUUUCCACAAACGCGGGUUUUGAGGCUCAGGCUGAGGUGCAUAGAUCCUCUUUGCGUUGCACC